AUGAGCGCCGCCAGUAGCAGACAGCGACAGACCCAGUCGAAGCGUGAUGAGGCCAUCCGCCGCAAGAUGGAGGCUGACCUCAACAAGAAGAGGAACGCUCCGGCCAAAUCAAGAAGCUCCCGCAAAGCCCCUCCCGGCACCGUGCUCGCCCUUAAGCCCAGCCAGGCUCUCCAAAUCAAACCUGCGCUGAGCAUCGCCGAAGCCGCCCAGCUUAUGGCCGCCAAGAGAGAAGACUGUGUGUUGGUCACCGACGACAAUGAGCGCAUCGCAGGUAUCUUCACCGCUAAGGACCUGGCUUUCCGCGUUAUCGGAAUGGGCUUGAAGGCGCGAGAGGUCUCCGUCGCCGAGAUCAUGACGAAAAACCCGCUUUGCGCCAGAACUGACACCAGCGCUACCGAUGCGCUCGAUCUGAUGGUGCGGAAAGGAUUCAGACAUCUGCCAGUCAUGGAUGAGAACCAAGACAUUUCCGGUGUUUUGGAUAUCACCAAGUGCUUCUAUGAUGCUAUGGAGAAAUUGGAACGUGCGUACAGCUCUUCCCGCAAGCUGUACGAUGCGCUGGAGGGUGUGCAGACAGAGCUUGGCUCUAGUCAGCCCCAACAGGUGAUUCAAUACGUUGAAGCCCUGCGAUCCAAGAUGUCUGGUCCGACUCUGGAGACCGUUUUGGACGGUAUGCCCCCGGUCACCGUCUCUGUCCGCACCACUGUGAAGGACGCUGCGGCCCUUAUGAAGGAGCACCACACCACCGCCUUGUUGGUCCAAGACCAAGGCUCCAUCACGGGUAUCUUCACUAGCAAAGAUAUCGUUCUUCGUGUCAUCGCGCCUGGUCUCGACCCUGCCACGUGCAGUGUCGUUCGCGUCAUGACUCCUCACCCCGACUUUGCUCCCUCAGACAUGAGCAUUCAAGCCGCUCUUCGCAAGAUGCACGAUGGUCACUAUCUUAACCUCCCCGUGAUGAACGAGGGCGGUGAAAUUGUUGGCAUGGUCGAUGUCUUGAAGCUCACAUAUGCUACCCUCGAACAGAUCAACACGAUGUCAACCCAAGACGACGAGGGACCCGCAUGGAACAAGUUCUGGCUGUCAAUGGACCACGAAUCCGACUCUAUGGUCUCUGGUAGCCAGAGUCAGCAGCCGCACACUCCCCAUCGCUCUGUGAUGAGCCCCGAUAUGACUCGUUCGGGCUACGACAACAGUCUUCUCCCCAACGACUCAGCAUCCCACCACGGCGAUGAGCACUCUGAGAUUGCUUCUCAGCACCACACAGAGCCGGCCGCUCCUACUCCGUUCCCCUUCAAGUUCAAGGCCCCAAGUGGCCGUGUGCACCGUGUCAAUGUACUCACCACCAACGGUGUCACCGACCUUGUAUCGCAGGUGACAGCGAAGCUUGGCAAGGAAGUCGAGGCCGUUGGCGGAGAGGCUACUGUCCAAGAUGGUACACUGAGCAACACUGGGUACGCGCUCAGCUAUAUGGACAAUGAGGGUGACACGGUCUCCAUUACCACUGACCAAGACAUGACCGAUGCCAUUGAUCUGGCACGCCACACGCACCGGGACAAGGUUGAUCUCUUUGUCCAUGAUCCUACCCAACCCCCUAUUCCUGCCACUGUCGAGCCUCAGCCGGUCAAAAUCAUGACCCCUGUUGAGGAGCAAAGUACAUUCGAGGAACCUGCACCAGAGGAGAUGCCUUCCCCCGUGAAGGCACGCCCGCAACAACAGGCCGCUCCCUCUCACCUCCCCGAUGAGCAAUUGAUCGCUGGUGUUCCCAAUGACUUGCUGCUUCCCGGUGCCAUUGUGACACUCGCCGCAGUCAUUGCGGGUGUGUUCAUCCUCAGCCGCCCCAGUGGCCGUUAA